UUUGCCUCCACAAGUGCCUCCAGCACCGCACGAGUCCACCAAACCGCGCGGGUCAUGGUCUUCAGGGCCAGCACAGCAAGUUUCACUUCGCUGCAGUCCUACGUGGAGCCUGAGCUGCUUCGAGGAGUGCCACUCCACAUAUGUUUGAGUGGCUGGGCUAAGCACUGGAAGCAGAAUGAGGAUGCCGCGUUUAGUAUUGCCGCUGCCAAUUAUGAUUUGGGAUGCCAGAUUGAAGAGUAUGACGUCUUUCUCAGCCAUGAUUGGGCUACGUCGCGCUGGCUCAAGCUCUUUUCACUGAUGAUCAUUUUCAACUCGAGAGCAGCCUUCGUGGGCAGCUUCACAGCCAGUGUGGCGUUGGGCCUCUUGCGAUCCUUCGAGAUCGUGCCCAACGACAUGUGGACCAUUGGCAUCGGACCACUCAUGGUUUUUGUCGACAAGCUGUGCAUAGCACAGCACGACGAGCAGUUGAAGGAAAAGGGGAUCUUGGCCCUGGCGGGCUUUCUGGACCAUUCCAGAAAGCUCACGGUGCUGUGGUCCACUCGCUACUUUCAGAGGCUUUGGUGUGCUUAUGAGUUGGCAGCUUUCUCUCGCGCAGAAGAAAAGCCGCUGCAGGUCAUGCCUGUAAAGAUGUCUUUGAUCUUGGGCCUUAUGUCAGUUGGUUGUCACAUUGUUUGCCUCCUCUUCUAUGGCUUCGCAUGGUCGGACUUGAGCAUCACCGCCUUCAGCCGGCGCCUAGUGGCCAGUGGUGUGAUGAUGGUGGCUCUUUGUACCGUGAUGCCGGUCGUGUGCUACAUCGGAAUUCAGCUCAUGGAUGAUCUCACACAAUUGCCGGAACAGCUCAAGACCUUUCGUAUUCAAGAGGCCAAAUGUUUUUGCUGCUCAUCGAAUCAUGUGCAUCCACUAACUGGAAGGAAGCUCAUUUGCGACCGGAAGCUGGUGUUUCACACCUUGAAGAAGUGGUUUGGUCACCGGAGAGACAACUACGAGGGAAGCCAUUUAGAUUUGUUCAACCAGAUGAUUCAGGAAGAGCUCAGUCAAACGAUCCUGCAGACGGUGGGAUCGGACACUUGUCCCCUGAGCUACUGCAUCUACAUGGUGAGUGCCGGAAACCUUCCCUUCAUGGCUCAGUACAUCCCUCGUGUAGCGGAUGAAUUGCGUAUGGAUACAUCGCCGCUGAACCACUGUGUGGUUGCUGCGCGCCAGUUUAUGGCUUGGGCGAUCAUGUCGCUCUUGAGCUUGUGUGCGGUCCGCAUCAGCAUGCUUUUUUGGCGGGUGGGUUUGCACUGGAGCAAAACCUCUUGGUUAAAGUCCAGGGGGCUGAUCUCAGUGCUGAUCUCGCUGUUGAUCGUUUUGACCUUAUCACUGUUGUGGUUUCCAUUCCAAGUGGUCUACGCCUUAACCUCGCGUUACAGUAGCAUCCCGGCGGUGCCCUUUGGCCUGGUGAUCUUGGUGCUGUUCUACCUCUUCCUCCCACGAGAGAUCCAACACUCGCGCCAGCACUCCUUACGGCAAAAGCUCUCCGACCGCUACCGCUCCCGGCGCUCGCUCAGCCGUCGGGCCUCCUCCGAAGGCACCUUCUGCUCGGACCAGGACAUCUUCUCGAAUGGGACCCGGAUGUCCAGGGAGUCGAAGGACCUCUUCUCCAACACGUCGAGGGGACCAUCCAAGGAGCCCUUUCAUUCGGAUGGUCCAUCACCUGCAAGUGGCCCUACCAGGGGAUCCAAGGAGGUGACGAAAGAGAUGUACGACAUGUACGUCUCCAAAUCCUUUUCAUCCAUUGGUUCCAUUGAGAGCAUCACUGCAACACGUGAAGGAGAAGGUCUACCAGAAGCUCCACAUUUGCCGUCACUUCCGCACUCUUUGGGCGAAGUCCACAAAGGCUGGCUACAAGAGACAAAGACUUGGGACACCUGAGCGGAACCGCCUCACACACACACGCGGGUGCGACACCCGCGUGUGUCCGGCAACUUUGUGUAACGA